CCGUAAGGGUGUCGAUUCUCAAGCUGGAACAUUGGAGAAAAAAGAUACAGUAUUUUUACACAAAAACAGGCUAAAAGAAACGGAUGUGCUUCAGAAAACGAAACGGCUACCGCCCUCCAGAUCAUUUUAAUGCAAAAAUUGAGAGGUCCGCGGCCUGCGGGGGGAUGACAUGCAUGUGUCCAGGCAUUUAACAUCAUUGAGGAUUUUAAGACUAGUAGGCUGCCCUCCGCCAAGCCAUGAUGGACAUUCUGUACACAGGACCUGUCCCGGCAGACCGCGAGUCUCCGAUGGUGCGGAGCGAGACAUCCCCCAGCCGCGCCCAGCAUCCCUCCCCCACACAGAAACCCAACACCUGCUGCUUCUGCUGGUGCUGCUGCUGUAGCUGCUCAUGUCUCACUGUUAGGAGUGAAGAUGACAAGCGUGGGCGAAGGAAGGACCAGGAGACCAAGUUGGAGUACUUUCCAUGUGAAACUUGCACCAAACCGACCGUAGAAGAGAUUAAACAGUGGGCGCAGUCUUUCGAUAAGCUGAUGAAGAACCCGGCGGGGCGGAACAAGUUUCGCGAGUUCCUGCGGACGGAGUACAGUGAGGAGAACAUGCUCUUCUGGCUGGCCUGUGAAGACCUGAAGAAAGAGAUCAACAAGAGCUCAAUCGAGGAGAAAGCACGCUUGAUCUAUGAAGACUACAUCUCUAUACUCUCACCCAAAGAGGUGAGUCUGGACUCUCGAGUGAGGGAAGUGAUCAACAGGAGGAUGCAGGAGCCGACCCCUCAUAUAUUUGAAGACGCACAGCUGCAGAUCUACAUGCUCAUGCACAGAGACUCCUACCCACGAUUCCUCAACUCCUCCAUCUACAGAUCACUGGUGCAGGGAGGGUCGCGCUCUUCGUCUGAAUCAUAGAAACCCUCUUUAUUUAUCCCUCUCUCCACAAACCCCUUCAUAUUUCCCCUCACUGCACAAUCACCUGAGGAUAAAGUACUCUUUUGUUGUGUCAUCAUCAUUGGAUUAUGAUUUUUCUUGUUUUUUGUUGGUCAGUGUUCCACUUUUUAAGGGAAUCCCUUAUUUUUGGGGUGUUUCUCCUGCACAGACUCAAAACUGGAACACAGGGUUGAAAAUGCAGUUUUCAUUUUCGUAAUUCCCUCCGUCCCCGUUUCAUCCAAACGUAUGUGGCAGCAGCUACAGCAGCAUCAACUACUGAUUCACGCAGCCAUCUUCUGACUUGAUUUGUGUUUGUUAUGUAUGCACACGUGUACCCGUCAUACAUCUUUUUUAUGUCUCUGGCGGAAGAGAGCUGAAAAGGCCUCUGCAAUAACAUACACUGGAGUGGCCUGACCGUUCAGCUCAUCACCACAUUUACCUGUCACCACGGACCUGUCCACUGUCUCUGUGCUCUGAUUGGCUUUUCGAGGCAAGGAGCUGAGAAGUGAUUGGCUGGUAGAUCAUAAAAAAAGAGAUGGCACUUUUAGGUGCUAAAUAGAUAGGUAGAUCAAAUAUUUACAGUAAAUAUUAAACGCUAAUUGAUACGCAGGCCCAGACGGAAGCUGCUGAUUUUUUACUUUUUCAAUGCUGAUGUUUCUGCAAACUUUAAUAUUCAAUAACAUAAACCUGGUUGAAAGAAAAAUGUAUAAAAAUCUUACACAUUUAUGGAACAAACUGGAGAGAUGGAUGUGUACCUAAAGUAAUAGUUUACUCAAUAAUGAAAUAUAUAUUAAAGCCAUCCAAUAUAAAUAUAUAUAAUAUAUCUUCCUUUCAUUAGCUGAACAUAUUAAAGAGUUAUCUUGAAUAAUCGUCCUAGCUCUACGAAAGUACGCAAGAUGAUUAUUGGUUCUUACGUGACUACGUGUUUCAAUCAUAUGGUGAACCAAUGUUCUUCUUACCUACCAACGUGGAGCCCGCUCUCCCUCCAUUUUAGAUCUACAUGCGUUUACAAUUAAACGCAAUGUUUUGAUCAGAAAAUACUUACGUGAAACUCAAAAUGUGUUAUAUAUACACCUUGGAUGGCAUUAUUUGAGGAGAUAUCCUCUUUUCAUUGUAGGGGUGAACUAUUACUUUAAUGACACAUAUUCGUUAUUUGGAAAUAGACAUAAUUUUAUGCAUAGUUUCUGUAUGGGCCUGGUUAUUUCUAACAGUUGAUAUAAAUAAAAUAAAGACCACACCAGUUUUAGAGAUACUGAAUAAAAAACAGAGAGAGAAUGUAGGGUCUUAAUUAGACUGGUCACUCAAACACAUUUUAAAAUGAGUAUUCUGAAUGUUAUUUAUUUUGUUAAACUGUGAUUUGUUUUAUUUUCUUGUACAUAUAUUAAAGGCGAUCUGGAACAGAUACAUCAUACCGAACAAGCUCGUAGUCCUGAGUGCUCAACAGAGCGGUAUCUGUCUCUUCCCUCACUGUAUGUGUGUGUGUGUGUGUGUGUGUGUGAGAGAGUUUCUCUGGCAACCCCUGUAGGUAAUUUGAGGUACUGCACUUAAGUGCAUUAGAGACCCAUUGCUCUCAGUUUCACUUUUGUUUCAAGAUACUUAUCUGUUCUUCCCUGCUCUUCAUUCAAAAAUGACCAUUUUACAGUCAAUGUAAAGAUCUAAAUUUCUUUUCUUUGUAACAUCCAUAAAACCAUAAAUCCACCUUGCUGGACUUGUUCUGCUAGAUUUAGCAGUUCAAUUCAUUCUGAAGAAGAAAUCAAUUUUUUAUGUAAAAAUAUUGGUGCUAAGUGUAGUAAAUAUAUGCACUAUAGCACAUGUGUCAAACCAUAAUCAUAGUGGUUCGCCUAUGAUUAUGAGCUAGGGAAUUACUUUUAGUGCAAUUUAGCACCAUUUUUUUUUUUUAGAUGUA